GCAGCUGAAUUUUGAUAUGGGUUAUCGUGGAUAAUACACCUGUGAUAGCAAAAACUUUCAUGCAGGAUUAUGUUAAUUUCAGGAUUUCAGGAUUAUUUAUUUAAUGUACACUACGCAUUAAGUUGUUAAUCAUUAAUUGUAGUGUCAUUUUUAUAUGUUUAUGUGUUUGAAAUGAUAUAAAAAUCUAACGGAUUGUCGGAGAUGUCGGAGAAACUUGACAAGAUGGCGAUUCCAGAGGAGGUGGCGGAGAGGUUGCCAAUCCUCGGUCAGUCUGCUGAAGGAGGUCCUGGGUCCGAUACUGCAGUUUACAGCAGGAGAUGGUAUGUCUUGGUUGUCUUCUGUCUCGGCAGUUUCAGUCAGGCCUUGGUGUGGAAUACAUGGGGUCCUAUCACAGAGUCUGCGGAGAUAGUGCUUAACUGGCAAGACAGCAAUAUAGGAAUGCUGGCCAACUAUGGAAACAUCGCUUUUAUGUUUACUGUGCUUCCAAUGUGCUACUUUAUGGAUGUUAAAGGUCUACGGGUAUCAUUGCUGAUCUGCAGUUUUCUAGUCAUGACGGGUACUGUGAUCAGGUGUUUUACACUUGAGCCUGUUCCCGCAACAUGGCUUGCAAAUAUUUGUGCUGUUCUGAACGGGAUAGGUGGAUCGGUGCCGUUUGCGGGGCCGGCGGCCUUGUCGUCUGUGUGGUUUCCGCCAGAUCAGAGAGCUACGGCAACAGCGAUCGUGUCUUUUGCUAACUACCUUGGUGUAUCGUUGUCUUUCAUUAUAGGACCCCAGAUGGUCUCAAGUCCUGCUUAUAAAACCGUAAACUCAACAGAAAAUGGAACUGUAACGGACACAGUUAGAAUGACCCCAGUGUUAGGGAGUGGCCACACAUUGAGGUCUUUUCAUGUACUUCCUUUAUUUAGCAACACCCAAAGUAACACAACACAUAGAGAGGUUAUGAACAAACCUACACUCAUUUCUGACAUAAAAAGCUACCUGUAUUUUCAAGCGGGGCUAGGAGUUCUGUUCUUUAUUCUCGUUGUGAUAUACUUUCCUGCCAGACCACCAAAACCACCCAGUCCCUCAGCUUCAGUCAAACGUACAGAGUAUUUCAAAGGACUGGCCAAACUACUGCGUAACGGGUCUGUUUGGUUGAUUGUGCUGGCAUAUGCCAUACCGACCGGUAUACUAGGGGUGUGGCAAUCAGUUCUUGAUGUGAACCUUAAACCCUUGGGUAUAUCCCAGAACACAGCUGGUUAUAUGGGGUUCUGGCAAACCUUGGCUGGAUGCACGUCAGGACUAAUUAUUGCCAGAUUUGCUGAUAUAUUUAUGAAAAGGAUGAAACUAUUUCUUAUAACAUUGUUCCUGGGCGCAGUGGCUUCCUCGGCAUGGUUCUUUAUUCUUUGGGAAAAAUACAUUCCUUUCAAUUUAGUCUCGCUAUAUGCAGCAUGUAUUCUCAUUGGCAUACUGUUUAACGGUGGAAUCCCUUUGUUUUAUGAAAUUGCUUGUGAGGCCAGUUACCCUAUUGCCGAGGGGGUCACAGGGGGAUUUCUCACUCUCAUCAACAAUAUUGUUGGAAUUUGCUUCCUGUUUGUCAUGUUAAUACCAAAUAUUGGUCAGUCCUGGAUGAAUGAGGUCCUUCUGGCAUCAGCCGUCCUAGCAUUGCCAUUAUUGUUUGUGUUCCCAGAACGGUACAGACGUACCGACCUUGACAUUACCAUUGACAUCAAACCUUCAUCCGGGGAUCUGCAAGCGUCUGUAACAACGGAAGACGGUGAACCAGGCGUGGUUGGUGUUUAAUAGAUUUCAAUGGAUUUAAUAGUUCGGAAUCAAAUUGCGAGUAAUUCGGAAAGACCUAUGGAAUUCGCGACCAUCUUAGUCAAAUGAUGUUGACAUUUACGAAAAUAUGUACAUUGUGUAUUCUGAAAUAUAUUCGCCAUACUGAGCCGCUCCUAACAGGAUGUUACAUGAUUUUUGAAAGCUAGGCUCUGCGUAUUGUGAUCUGUGCUAAUGUUAUUCCAUAUUGAUUAAAGCAUCCAGUCAGGGUUUAAAAAACCGCAUGUUGACAUAGGUAAACCAAGAGAUAAACCAUUCCAAGAAUCUGUGAUAUACCUCGAAUGUCCUACAUGUGUUAGGCCUAAUGUUUAUAAAUAUUGUCAUAAAAUGCAACAGUGCAAUCCUUAUUAUUACAGUAUUAUUGUACCCCCCGACAACAAAGUUGUAAGUGGGGGUGGGUAUACUGGUUUCAGGUUGUCUGUCUGUCUCUCCGUCUGGCCGUAGACGCAAUCUUGUGCGCACCAUCUCUCCUUAUCCCCUUGACACAAUUUAAUGAAACUUCACACAAGUGAUCAGUACCAACAGUAGUUGUGCAUGGGGCAUGUUAGGUUCUUUUAGAAAAAACAAAUUGCAGAGUUAUGGGACUUUGUUUUUUUUGUUACUAUACUAUAUACAUAGACACAAUCUUGUGCGCACCAUCUCUCCUCAUCCCCAUGACAGAAUUUAAUGAAACUUCACACAAGUGAUCAGUACCAACAGUAGUUGUGCAUGGGGCAUGUUAGGUUCUUUUAGAAAAAAAUUUUGCAGAGUUAUGGGACUUUGUUUUUUUGUUACUAUACUAUAUACAUAGACACAAUCUUGUGCGCACCAUCUCUCCUCAUCCCCUUGACACAAUUUAAUGAAACUUCACACAAGUGACCAGUACCAACAGUAGUUGUGCAUGGGGCAUGUUAGGUUCUUUCAGAAAAAAAAAUUGCAGAGUUAUUGGACUUUGUUUUUUUGUUACUAUACUAUAUACAUAGACACAAUCUUGUGCGCACCAUCUCUCCUCAUCCCCUUGACACAAUUUAAUGAAACUUCACACAAGUGAUCAGUACCAACAGUAGUUGUGCAUGGGGCAUGUUAGGUUCUUUCAGCGACAAAAAUUGCAGAGUUAUGGGACUUUGUUUCUUGUUAACAUACUAUGUGCAUACAGUCUGCAUAUGCAAUCUUGUGCGUGCCUAAUCUACCAAACCCUUGCACUUAAUUUAAUGAAACUUCACACAAGUGAUCAGUACCAACCCUAGUUGUGCAUGGUUCAUGUUACAUUCUUUUAGAUAAAUAUUCUGCAUAGUUAUGGGACUUUGUUUUUUGUUACUAUACUGUAUACAUACAGUCUAUAUACAUACAGUCCACAUAUUUAUGCAAUCUUGUGUGCGUCAAAUUGCAAUGUACUGUGUCAGUGCAUGCGGGGGGUACAUUCAUCACCUUUAGUGAUAGCUCUAGUUACAUUUAGUUACACAGAAUAUACUUUUUUCCUGAACAACUCGAUUUCACACUUACAUGCCAGCUUAUCUAGUCCAUAUUUUAUGAUAAUUUGAAAUAGAUGCAUAACGUACGGACACUUUAGCGAAACAUAUUUUUUUCAGCUAAGUAAUAUGAGCCGUGCCAUGAGAAAACCAAAAUAGUGGCUUUGCGACCAGCAUGGAUCCAGACCAGCCUGCGUAUCCUUGCAGUCUAGUCAGGAUCCAUGCUGUUCGCUAACGGUUUCUCUAAUUGCAAUUGGCUUUGAAAGCGAACAGCAUGGAUCCUGACCAGACUGCGCGGAUGCGCAGGCGGGUCUGGAUCCAUGCUGGUCGCAAACCCAUUAUGUUGGUUUUCUCAUGGCGCGGCUCAUUAUUAAAUUUCGAAAGUAAUGUUAAAUAUUCUCCGAUGAAAUUGAUUCAAGUGUGAGACAAACUCUCCCAUAUGAACACUGCGUCCGAUUGCAGACUCGUCUGUACAUGGACGGAACCUUAAACGUUUUCAGAACAAUGAAACAUUUUUGGUCAAGACAGCGUUGGACAUUUUUUGCUAUUUUUUCGUAGGUUGACCACAAUAUAUAUGUACCAAGAACCGGUGAAUAUUAUUUGUGGUGUGUUGUUUAUCAUUUAUUUAUCUCUAUUGGUAUUAUUUGUAAGGAUUGCAAAAUUUUCAAAAUGCUCAUGUAUGUUCAAUUAGAAUGCUUAAGUUGUGAUAGA